UCCCCCAAAAAACAUCCACCAUGCAGCCCCCACUUUUUUUCCUUUAUCCCUCGAUUCCAUCCUUUAUUUCUUCCCAACUCCAUUCUUAUCCUUCCACAAGCUUCUCUCGCUCGCAGUCUUUAGAAGAAGUCAGCUCGGUGCUGAUUUCUCUUUUCUGAGGGUGCCGUGUGUGCCCUGAACCAGAGAUUUCUUCCUUUCUAUAACCUUAUACACACAGCCAUGCGAGGGCGGAGUCUAUUCUUCAUCUUUUCCCUCGUCUUCCUCCUCCUAUCAUUCUCUGAGGCAAAAAAGAAGUCCAAACAACCAUCAGAUGCAGUGACUGGAUCCGAAAGUACUGCCAUAAAUCCCUCGCUGGGGUCUGGUCAACUAAGCACUAAGGAUGGGCACCGCUGCACCUGGGAGACGUUAGAGAGAGGAGCUAACAUUCUGCUCCAGGUGAGCUGCUCCACCCUUGAGGAGGAGGGGCUCAAACCUCCCUACACAUGCCAGUUUGCUGGAAAACCUCAGGAAUGCUCCGUGUACAGCACCCAGUCCUCCCAAUACUGGAAACAGGUGGUGAGCAAACUGAAGAAGCGAAAGAAUGCUUGCGAGGGGGACAAAGUCCUGAAAACACGCCUGUGUAAGAGAGCACCCAGCGCAUCUCACAUGAAACUCACAGAGAGAAGCGGAGAAGAGACGACCACACACGUUAGCAAGGGAACGCAUGAAGAGAGCAAGCGCAAAACAGAGGCGCCCGUGAGGAAAGAAAAAGAAGGACAGAAAGAGAAGGAAGAGGAGGUGAAGAAAGAAGAGGAUGAGGGGUUCGGAGAAGUACUGAAUGAUGGAGUCUCAGACAUAGGGCCUGAUGUGAGCUACUGCGGAGAGGGAUGGCAUUCCGUCUGCAGCUUUUUUGUCAAGUUUUUUGAUGGUUAAAAAAUCUGCUAUCAAUGCUUUUUCAGACCCAUGGAGGAUAAGAAUGUUGAUGCAUGAAAAAAAGACAGAAGACAACGCCGUCAGGUGUCAGAAAAAAAAAAAAACAGACUUAGAUAAAAACUUACCCACUAGUCUGCACCCUAAAAACAUCAUGCAUAAAACAGUCCUGUUGUGAAGAACACACUAAUCACAUUGCUUAAACAAAAUGUAUUACUUGUGAAUACUGCAACUAAACCUGAUUUGCCUUUUUGUAAAUGACUAAUUGUGAUUUGAAUUCCACACAUGACCUUUGAUUUUUUUUAUUCAUUAUGAAAAUUGUUGUAUAUGAUUUUUGCAAAUAAUACUAAAAUCAAUCAAAAACAAAUGUAAUUAAUUAUGUAUGUAUAUAUUUUUUAACUAAACAUUUUGCCUAGAUAUAUGGCAGAAAAUCUUAUUAUCAUUCAUUCAACACAGCUGGAUGAUAAGAUUAAAAGUUCUUCAGAGAUCACACAGGAUGAAUAAAAUAACAUUAUAUAACUA